AUGGGUUUGUGCGUGCUUCCGCUGAUCCUCGGGUACUACUUGGGCUCCAGUUUGCUGUGCAACGCCGUGACUUUCGUGGAGGAGCCGUCUGGAGGCAGAGCUGACGGCUACUGCGGCCGCAUCCUACGCGCACAGACCCAGGGCACCCGCCGGGACGGGCACCACGAGUUCAGACUGCGCGUGGAGGGAGACCCCGAGACGUACACGCCUGGGAGCACCUACAGAGUGGUCCUGAUGGCACAAAGCCCCUCUUAUUUCAGGGGCUUCACUCUCAUUGCACUGAAGGAGGGCAGAGAGGGCACUGAAGAAGACCACUACACGGGACAGUUCCAGUCCCUCGUAUGA